AUGCCCUGCCCUCGGCCUCCCUGGCUUCGCCGCCUCCGGGCCCCUCAGGGCUCAGGUCCCAGCUCCCCGGGCUCGCUCUCCGCGCUCCGCUCCCCCGGCAGGGAGGAGGGCGAAGUCGACGGCGGCGAGGAGGAAGAGGAAGGGGACGGCAGCCCGGGCUCCGGCCCCAUCCUGACCCCCGCGUCCCCCGGGGACUGUCUCAUCUGUGUGUCACCCUUCGACGGCGUUUUCAAGCUGCCCAAGCGCCUGGACUGCGGCCACGUCUUCUGCCUCGAGUGCCUGGCUCGCCUGUCCCUGGCCACGGCGGGUGGCGGCGACGCGGUGGCCUGCCCCGUGUGCCGCGCGCCCACGCGCCUGGCCCCGCGCGGAGGGCUGCCCGCGCUGCCCACGCAGCCCGGCCUGCUGCCCCGCGACGCGCGCCCGCCGCUGCGGCGCCAGGGCUCGGUGCGCUUCGACCGCCGCCGCGGCCUGCUCUACCUGCGGCCGCCGCCGCCCCCGCCCGGACCGCGCAAGUGCCGCGCCGCGCGCCCGCCGCCGCCCCCGCCGCCGCUGCGCCUCGGCCGCCCGCUGUCUCGCCGCCUUUCCUUCUCCAGCCCGGCCUGGGCCUUCAACGCCGCAGUGGCGCUGGCGGUGCUGGUGGCCGCGGGCCUCGUCGUCUCGGGUGUCUACAUCUUCUUCCUCAUCCCCCACGCCGCCUCCUCCGGCCCCGUGCGGCCCCAGCUCGUGGCGCUCGCCCCGGCGCCCGGGUUCUCCUGGUUCCCGCCACGGCCCACACCGGGGACACCCUGGACGCCGCGCCCCAUGGGCCCUGACCCGGACAGCGCCCUGCCAGGGGCUGCGGAGGCCGUGCUGGAGCCCGAGGAGGGCUCCGAGGACGCAGCGGAGGCUGAGGGGAUGCUGGACAGGGCCCCGCAGGGCAUGUGGGGGCCAGAGGCUGGCCGGGGCCGAGCUCCGCGGGAACCGGGUGGGAGGAGGGUGUGGGGGCCACGGUGGCUGGAGGCCCCUGUGUUUGGUGGCAAAGCUGCUGCUGCUGUGAAGCCUCAGCCCUGGACAGGAGCCUACAGGGAGGGCGGCUCUCGGGUUCCUGUCCUCCUCUCAGAAGCCUUCCUGGGGUUUGGCAAGGCCGCCUCCUACCAGCUGCUGACCUGUGACUGGAAGGGCACCCCGGCCAUCUUCACUCGCAGGCAGUGCUGGGCCGGUCACACCGUAGCUGUUAGCCGAGGUCUCAAGGCCGUUAGUCCAGGACGACUCGGGGGCGCCCCGGGCACGUGCCGGCUUCGGCGGAGGCCACGGAGCACACCCCCGCGCGACUGGGCUGCACAGCCCCGGGGCCGUCCCACUACGGUGGGGGACGCAGGGAGUCCACGAGGAGGGACAUUCCCCGCGGUAAGAGCGCAUUCAUGGCGUGGCCGGACCCUCCCCCCUCCUCGACUCUCGUGCCGUCCCCGGUCCCGCUUCCGCCGCUUCGGGAAGCCCAACGGACGCCCUCCCGGGCCGCUUCGCUACCGAAGCGAAGGGCUGUCAGAACUGGAGCGAGACAACCUUCCGAGGCGGACGGCGGAAGUCCCGCCCCAGCAGCCCUCCCGGAAACGCCCUGUCCUGGGCCCUCAUUGGUCAGCCCCGAGACGUCGUCACAGUGUCUUCUGGGGUCAGGUGACUUUUGAGGAUGUGGCCGUGUAUUUCUCCCAGGAGGAGCGGAGGCUCCUUAACGUAAUGGAGAGGCACCUAUACCCUGAUGUGAUAUUGGAGAACUUUGAGCUCAUCGGCUCUCUGGCCCUGUGA